AUGCCGAAUCGGAGGAUCAUCUAUGACUCCGAGGACGAAGACGCCGGUUUCAGCCCGAUCAAUAGCCCUGUCAAAGGUGGUCUUGAUGCCGCGGACGGUGCGAUCGCAUUGCAAGGCGAUGCACUGGGCCCCCAGCUGGGAGAAUCAGCCAUCGACCAGCGAUCCACCGAUCCAGACUUCUUCCAAAAAGUCUAUGAUGAACAGCAACAUGUUCCUGAAUCUGCAGCGAAUAGCAGGGCUGAAGGGGCUUCCUCAGACAGGCAGAAGAGCUCUGACCCGAAGGCGAAGAACUCGUCAUCAAUCACUGAUCCGACCGAGAAGAGCGCAAAGAGGAAGUCAAGGUUGGCCGUGAAUUCAAAGGACUUUGCCGACCUUACCCAAGUCACGACUCCUAGGAAGGAUGGAUCAAGUGGCUCGCACAAGGACGUCUAUGAGUUCCCCAGUAGUGACGGUGAAGGCGACAACGCGAAGCCAAAGACCAAGGCAACGACUGCCAAAACCUACAGCAAGCGGAAGAGAGGGGAGUCUGCGACACCAGCAUCAGCUGUCCCCAGCUCAAGCCCAGCGCGUCCCUCAGCAAGGAGCCAAGGCCUGUCUAUGACCCGUAUGCAGGAGGAUGAGGUUCAAUCAUCAAAGCCUGCACGGAAGAAAACGAACAAUGGCACUCAGCGAACCUUGGACGGUCUCGACGAAGAUGUCGACUUGCUGGUUGUCCCUAGGACCGCAGAGACCAACCAAUCUCCCGCGGAAACGUGUGAUGGCCGUGAUGGUCAGGAUUCUGUAGUUCCCGACACUCUCGACGAGGCACCAAAACCCACGAAGGAGACAGCUACUUCAUUCUUCAUUGCUCCCCCAAAUCACCUCACCACCAGCCAGAAGCAGGAAUAUGUACGUGUCAGUGGAUCUUCGGAACACGACAAUCAAGCCGGCCACGAGGACGCCUUGCCAAUACAACAUCUCGAUACACAGACUCAAAAACUUCGCAGCAGUGAGGCAACUAUCGCUUAUACAACACCGAGCCGAUACUGCUCAUCUGCUCCGGCAUUUCCAGAACGUCCGGAGAACGACGGUCGCAAUUCGUCAGGUUUGACUUCUAGCAGUAAGAGGGCGCAGAAUAGCAUGGUUCGCGCCACCGAGCCCCAUUCUUCGCCUGAUGAGCUUAACUCGCACGUCGUGGAGCAGCUGGGGCCUCGGACGAAACGGAAGAGGCACGCAGAUCAGACAGAUGAGCUAGUGGUAGAUGAAUCUUGGGACUCUGAUAAGAUUGGAUAUGCCCGGGAGAAAUACAACCCCAGACCGAGUAGAAGGAGAUCAGGAAUUGAUGAGGACGAACAACGCACGCAAGCAGACGUCGAUGCGGGCAUUACGAAGAAACGCCAGAAGACAGAUCGGUACCCUGAUGUGGCUCACGAUGACUCCUGGGACUCUGAUAAGAUAGGAGCUCACCGGGAGAGCUACAAGCCCAGGCCAAGUCGGCGGAGGUCAAGGGCAAUCCUCGAUGCAGGAGACGAGGACCUGGCGGCACCGGAACGGUCCAUGCCGGAUACUUGCCCUCCCGGCCCGGGUAGCCCAGAUGGUAUUCGACAUGCGGAACCUAUCCUAAUCUCGUCGGGACAACAGAUGCCACAGGAACAAGACGACACAAUCGACGGGAUAGAUCCUAGUUACCUCGCUGCAUUGCCGGAGGACCUUCGUCAAGAGGUGAUUGCUGGUCAGCUGGCCCGCAACUCACAGACAUCACGGACUAGAGGUCGUGGUCGCCCGAGUCAAAGUGGUAACAUCCACGUGCCACCUAGUGAGGAAACACUACAGCCUAAGAAGAGAGGAAGAAAGAAGAAGGAGACGGCCAAUGAGGAUGCAUCGACCGUGAUAGAGGAGGCUGACUCGCAAGCUGCUGCUGCACCAACAACUGCAACGAAGAAGAAGAGGGGCAGGCCAAAGAAAUCAGAUAUCACCCAGCCACCGCCGGCUAAAACAGCUGAUGAUGAUAUUACGCUCGCGUACGGGACCGAAGAUAUGUCCAACAUUGCGGAUGAUGCAGAUGUGGGAGAAGCUCAAUCUCCCCAAGUUGUGCAAGACGCACCUGUCCCAUCAAAGGCGCCGUCAAAGAGAGGCCGCAAGAAGAAGGUCGUGGCAGACACGCCUGCAGCCCAAGACGAAGAGUCAAGCAUUCACGGUGCAGAAGAAGCCACUCACAUCGAACAUGAAGAGGCUACGGAAAUAAGAAAGGCCCCUGCCAAGAGAGGACGGAAGAGAAAGGUGAUCGAGGAACCUCCUGCAGACGAUGAGUCGGCUGAGCCUGUCCAUAGUUCUCAACAGGAGCCAGAAGCUGCCAGUGUUGCAGAAGAUUGCCCCAAAGCCGCAGCAGGGGUAAAUCGCAAGGCUCUUGCAGAUAUCAGCAACACUACGCCCUCUCAGGGGCCCGCAGAAGAGAUCGAAGGCAAGGAGGGGGCGGCCCCGGAAGAUACUGCUGGCAUGCUAAGAGAGGGCACACCAGAGGCCAAAGUAAAGGACAACCCCAGGUCUGCCUCGAGCACCACCAACCAACAGGUGUCAAUGCUUGUUCCAAUGGCGAAUGGCGUAUUUGGCGUGUGCCGCCAAGCCGGUCUCACCGCGCACUCCCUGUGGCGGGUCUCUGCCCCAGUCCCCAGUGGCACACAGCGAAUAGAUAGGCACGCCUUCGCGGGGCCGAAGCCGGCGAGAAAGCUGUGGAUUUUCUCGCCGCAAGUCAGAGUCAUGGGCCACCGCGGGGUCCAACCUCCACCCCUCCGCCAACCUCCCCCCUUCUGCCCCAAGAUCUGGUCAAUUGCCUUCAGGACAUAG